AUGUGGAUCAGUCCGUAUUUCAACCUUCGCCACUUCAUGCUAAUUGUCAUAAGAAAUCCAAAAGGAGCAAUUGUGAAUAAUAAUAUUGGAAGCAGUUCAUCGGAGUCUCCAUGCGUCGUUUUGUUCUUGUAUCCAAUGGGCGAAAAGAUCGAGUAUCGUCGUCAGCGUGUUUUAUUGAUGGUGACAACAUUUCUCGGAAAAUACUUCAACUGUCUUCAGAAUAGCGGGAAAAUGUUGGAAGCUUGCAGUUUUGACGAAAAAGGAGUUGUGAUGAGAAAAGUGAAUAACAUUCCACUCCAAUCGAACUUGCCCUUGUUUUUUUUUUCCGUUGUCUCCUACCUCAAAACUAUCUUGGACAACAAACGUGCAUUAUUGAAAAAACACGUAAGUUUGAUAUAG